UAUUGUUCUCAUGUUUUUCUGGUUUCUUUUUUUCUUUUCCUGUCUCCGUCUCUCGACUCAUUGGACUCGGUGUAUCUAUCUCACAGAGAAAAACUGGGAUCCAAAAUUAAAUUUAUAAUUUAAUUAGUGAUUAUUUAUUUAAAGAUGCAGCUGAUAAAUGCGGUGAUGGCGACGAGGAUGUUGACGGUGUUAGCUCAAUCAAACGGAGAAGAUGGAAUUCCGUUUGGAUCGUUCUCAUGGUUUGUGUACGCAGGAAUUUCUUGCUUCCUCGUUAUCUUCGCGGGUAUCAUGUCUGGUCUUACCUUAGGCCUCAUGUCUCUCGGCCUUGUAGACCUCGAGAUUCUUCAACGUAGUGGCACUGCUACCGAGAAAAAACAAGCUGCUGCAAUUCUUCCGGUUGUUCAAAAGCAGCAUCAGCUUCUGGUGACUCUGCUUCUAUGUAAUGCUAUUGCUAUGGAGGCUCUUCCUAUAUACUUGGAUAAGCUUUUCAAUCAGUAUGUUGCUAUUAUACUUUCUGUGACUUUUGUGCUAGCUUUUGGGGAGGUUAUUCCACAAGCAAUAUGCACCAGAUAUGGACUUGCUGUAGGUGCCAACUUUGUAUGGCUUGUGCGAAUUUUGAUGAUAACUUGUUAUCCAGUUGCAUAUCCCAUUGGAAAGGUUCUGGAUUGUGUGUUAGGACAUAAUGAAGCAUUAUUUAGGCGGGCUCAAUUAAAAGCUCUUGUUUCCAUCCACAGCCAGGAGGCUGGCAAGGGUGGUGAACUCACACACGAUGAGACAACAAUUAUUAGUGGGGCACUAGAUUUGACUGAAAAGACUGCUGAAGAGGCUAUGACACCUAUUGAAUCAACUUUCUCCCUAGAUGUCAACUCGAAGUUGGACUGGGAGGCAAUGGGAAAAAUUCUUGCCCGGGGUCAUAGCCGAGUUCCUGUGUAUUCCGGGAAUCCAAAAAAUAUCAUUGGACUUCUUCUGGUGAAAAGCCUUCUCACUGUUCGACCUGAAACAGAGACCCCAGUUAGUGCAGUUUCUAUCCGAAGAAUUCCACGGGUUCCAUCUGAUAUGCCUCUGUAUGAUAUACUGAAUGAGUUUCAAAAGGGUAGCAGUCAUAUGGCAGCUGUUGUGAAGGCUAAGGGGAAAAGCAAGGAUCUUCCGCCACCAAUUGACGGAGAAGAACAGGAAGGAAGCAAAGUAACUGGCAGGGAUUCCCAAUUGACUACUCCAUUACUGUCCAAGCAAGAUGAGAAGUCAGAUAGCAUUGUUGUGGAUAUUGACAGGAUUUCAAGGUCAAGUAGGCAUCCUUCUUCACAGCGCAAUGAUACUUCAACAAAUGGAUUGCCCCAGCUAUCAGAGGAUAUUGAAGAUGGUGAAGUAAUUGGCAUCAUCACCCUAGAAGAUGUAUUUGAAGAACUUCUGCAGGAAGAGAUUGUGGAUGAAACAGAUGAAUAUGUAGAUGUACAUAAAAGAAUCCGUGUGGCUGCAGCUGCAGCUGCUUCAUCUGUGGCACGGGCGCCGUCAAGUCGAAGGUUAACAGCCAAUAAGGGAGCUGGAGGGCAAAUUAAGUCAGGGCAAACACUGAAGAAAUCUGAGAAUGAUUCAAGUGCCACAAGGUUACAAGGAACAGCUGAUAUGGUGAAGAAAGAAGUUGAUAGAAUGGAAAGAUUGACGAGAAAUAAAAGCAUUUUUUAAAACAAAAUACAAUUAAAUUAAGCAUGGUUAACUCUAGUUAAAGGAAUAUUUAAUUAUUUUUUACAUGAGGGAUUAAAUAAUUUGUUUUGAUGCACUACAAGUACUAAAUUAUAAUUAAACUUGUAUUGUUUUGUUUUGUUGCACGUGGAUGCACGACGUCAGAAAGUUUGAAGGAGUUGUCAUUUAAUUUAUUAGUUCAGGGUUGUUAGGAAACCCAAUUAUAUUGUUUUAUUAAAGAUUUUAAGGAUAAUAGAUUGAUUGUAGCUAGAGAAGAUAUUAGCAUUCUUAAUAUACUUUACCUGAGAUAAGUUGUAUUGUUUGAUUUGAUGUGGUUUAAAGGUUUUGAGAAAUUUUCUGGUCA